CGGAAAGCCUACCGUUGUCGCUGGUGGAACGACAUCUAGGUAUGAGAAGUGAGCGAGAAAAGGCAAAAAGGAAGGACGAGAAAGUUUGAAAAAUAAUGAAUGACUAAGUAUAGGUGAGGAAAUUUACCUACCUGAGUAAGGGAAGGUAUGAAGGACGAACGUGUAGCAUUGGGUAAAGGUGGAGCAACGUCAGGUACGGCUGCAAAGGCAGAAGAGAAAGGAAAGAGAUGCGACCGCUUCUGGGACCCCGGGGGUAACAAAGAUCGUUACAGACGUAUUGACACAGCUGGGGUAUGCGACAGAGUCGGUGGUGCAAAGGAGCGUAGUAACGGCUGUCCAAGUGAAAGGAACGGAGUCGGUGAUAGAGGAGGCUGUUUAGGAGGAGCUCUGGGAAGAGGAAGAGCCGGUGCCGCAUCACCUGACGAAGGCCCAGCGCAAAUUCACAGGGAAGCGUGGCUGGAGGUGGGAACCAGGGGCAGGGCAAUCAAGGCAACGGAGGGAGGGGUGGAGGAAGGGGGCGAGGCAGGAAUGGCGGCGGAAGAGGAAGGCAAUGGAAUGGUCAAGGCCAAGGGUACCAAGGUCAAGGGAAUCAAGGCGAGGAGUACCAAGGCCAGGGGUACCAAGGCCAAGGGAAUCAAGGCCAGGGGUACCAAGGCCAGAGCACGAACGAGAAGUCAAGCCAAAACCAGCACCAGCCAAGAGCCUCCAAGGAGGGAGCUGGAGCCAGGAAAAAGAAAGGAGGCUGUGGAAGUGGAGGAUGACGACAACGAGGAGGAAGAGGACGAGAGGCUGCGCAGGGAGGAGGAUCAGAGAGCGGAGCAGCGGGCAAGGAAAAAGGGAGCCAGGGGAGAGGUCGAGCCGGUCGUGUGUGACGGACCGCCCAAAAGAAAGAAGUAUGCGGUUCGGUUGGAGGAGGGGUUUGAUGUAGAGCAGGUGAUCAACAUACUGCUAGAAGGGCACAAUGACCACAUGACUCUGAAGGAAAUCCUAGCGUCGGCCCCACGACUCUGCGAUGAACUGAAGGGGAGAUUGUCGCGGCGCCUGGUGCCCAAUGUCCAUCUGGGUACGAUCCUGCCCAAGGAGGCAGAGUGGGCGGAGUCAGGUACGAAGAUGGACUGGAAGUGCGUAGCCUGCGGCAUGAUGGAUCUGGUGGUAAAGGGCUCCAAGUGUGCAACAAUGGUGGACACCGGGGCCGAAAUAAACAUCAUUCGGGAGGCGGACGCAAUCAAAUUCGGGCUGGAUAUAGACCGCUCUGACUGCAGUAUUCUGCAUGGAGCCAGCUGUAAGGCCGUGUUUUUGCGGGACAGCCUCGAAUGUGCUCAUCGAGGUUGGAAAGGUGAAGGCCAGGGCAUGCUGCUUCAUAAUGCCGGACGUGGAUCCUGGAAUCCUCCUGGGAGAUCGUUCCUAAGUAGGACAGAGGCCGUGAUGUUCAACAAGCAUGACGGGACUCUAAUCCUUCUCGUAUGUGACCCUGCCUGCGGGAAUUAUGAAAUAAUUACCUGCAGAAACACAAGGCCGGGAAGCAUAAGGAACCGGCCCAAUCGAGGAUCGUUCACAAUCGAAAAAUCGGAGGGCGAGCGCCGAAGGCUUCGGGUAGAGCCGGAAGGAGAAGAGGAGCUGAAAACGUUUUCCCUUAGCCUAUCGGACGUCGGAAAGGCCAUGGACUUGGUGACCGCACAUGAGAUGGCGGAUCCGGAUGCCAUCCAAACCUUGAGGGAGCAAGUUCUGGAAUGCCUCGAGGCCGGAAGGUUGGAGCUGGUAUAUCGGUUUCCGGGCGGUCGGAGGAGCCCCGCAUCAGCGCAGGCGCAAUCUUCAGUUAGCCCCCAUAUCACACAGCCAUACAUCGACGAUUUGGUGGUGAAGGGGCCGACGGUGAAAGAAAGCGACGAAGUCUCGCCAGGGGUAAGGCGCUUUGUCUGGAAGCAUAUCCAGGACCUCGAAAAGGUCCCGAGCCUGCUCGAAGAGCAUAACCUCACGGCGAGCGGGGCCAAAUCCAGACACUGCAUGAGGGAAGCGACUAUCUUGGGGUUCGUCUGCAGUGAGAAGGGCCGAAGGCCGGAUGUGAAGAAGACGGACAAGAUUACUGAGUGGCCRGUUCCGUUCCACUCAAUAACUGGUGUUAGGAGCUUCCUUGGUACAUGUGGAUUGUGGGGGGCCUUCGUCAAGAACUUUGCCGCCAAGACUGAACACCUGAGGAAGUUAGUCCGUCAGGAUCAGGAAUGGGUUUGGGGUGAAGAGCAAGAAGAGGUGGUGGCUAGAAUGAAGGAGGAAUUUCGAGAAGGAGGGUUGGUGUUAGGAGCGCCAGAUUAUGAUGCCACGGAGACACGACCCUUCGUUGUCGAAAUGGAUGCGGGGCCAACUGCCUUAGGAGGAGUUCUAAUCCAGACAUACAUAGAGGUAAAGGAAAUGCCCUUGAGAUUUGAGAGUCGGACUCUCUGUACGACCGAGAGAAACUAUUCUCAGUUAAAGAGAGAGACCCUUGCCGUCCUCCACUGUCUGCGGAUCUUCCGGAACUACAUCUUCGGCAGGAGGUUUAUUUUGAGAGUGGAUCCGACCGCCCUGGCCUACUCUCUAAGGAAUUACGUUCCAUCGGAUCCGACGGUUGCCAGAUGGCUGACGUACAUCUGGAUGUUCAAUUUUGAAUUGGAACGGAUUCCUAGCAGUAAGAACUGGGCGGACGGGCUGAGUCGGAUCAACUGGGAUAAACAGGAAGGGGAGGCGGUGGAGAAUAUGCCCCCAGUUGAUGGAUUUUUGGAUCAGGAGGAAGAUAUUCGUCUCCAUAUCAACAAGUGGUCGCCGCGAGUGUCCGGCUGUUGGAUGAUGGAGUUAGCGCUGGCCAACUCGCAUAGCCUGGUGGAGGACAUGAGGACGAUUGAGGAAGGACCUGGCCAGGUAGAACGGCAUGAGGACCUGAUGGGAGGAAUGUAUCUCCUCAUCACCACGUUAUUGCAAGAAAGCCUCAACCAGUCAGGCUCGUUGAACCCGGCAGGAAAUGUGGACGAAGUGCCCGAGAGCCAGGACGACGAGUUCGAGGGGGGGGAGAUUAAGGAGGCCUUUCGUGCAGAGGAGUAUGAUGGGAUCUACCUAGAGCUGGGACUUGUUUUGUCCUGCGAAAUGCGGCUAAGGGAUGCAAGCGAUAGGGCUCAGAGGAUGCUGCAGUGCUACUUAGUGCGAGACGGCCACCUUUUUGUAAGGAGAGAAGUGGGGAAUCCCAGGAGAGUCGUCUGCGGUAGGAACCGUCAGAUUGACGUCGUAGCAGCGCUUCACGAUGGCAUUGCAGGAGGGCAUCAAGGGGUACAAGCCACGUUGUGAGGAAACCCGGGGAGGGGCGCCUACUGUUCGCUGAAGCCAAGGACAACAGCGCCUGUCACUCGCUACGCCCGCUUCCGAGGUCCUCAGCGAUCAGUAGGGGAUAGCAUUCCGACUGUCUCCCAAGCGUCCGCUGUAGCGGGUUUAAGAAUUCUCAUUUUCACCUCGUCAAACAACAAUUACUAAGCCAGAACCAAACGAACAGGGAUGCUUCGUAAAGUUGAUAUCUGCUAACCCUUGAAGGUCUUUUAAUUUAUCUGAUUCAUUGGACUAAAGAUACAAUUACUGCCCAUAGGCUUGUACUUAGGAGUUUGCUCGAGCRAAGGGCAAUUUGACAAAAUGAAAUACACGGAAGCGC